UCGACAGUACGGAGCGGCCUUACGGCCCGUGCGUGGAAAGGCGAUUAAGGUUCCCCCGCAGCUGUCAGACGAGGCCGCGAGUUACAGGUGUGCAUAUCGCGUUCGUGCGCGAGCACGGUCGUGCGGAUGUGACGAGUGCGGGACGGGGUUGUGUUACGUGCGGCGAGCCGAAAAAUCGCGCGUACAUUUUGCCAUUUCUUCAGGAUAGCUGUAAAACGUGAGGCGAAGACCUCCGACAUAUACAGCGAGUGAUGGCCCUGCGCCUGAGAGGUAGCAAGGAUGUCAAGAAGAGCUUCUAUUACGUCUGGUAUCUUGGCGCGAGGGAGGCCAAAGGGGUGGACGCGAUGCCCGGUGCCAUAGCUUACCUGCUGGAACGAGAACGACUUCAAGAACCUUUCAAGGUCACACUGCAGGUGAGCAACAAAGGUCUGAAGAUUAUACAGACGGUUCACCCGGGAGGCUCGACUAGGUCGGCGGUGAAACACUUGGUGCCAGGUCAUGCGGUGCUGGCGGCUGUGCAGCGGGAGGACGUCGUAGCCGCGACUCUGCUCCUGCCGAAUCCAGCCACGAACAAUCCUGUACACGUGCACGCAUACAGAUGCGACUCGGUCGAGACCGCCGAAUUGUUGGGUGGCCAGUUGAAAGCGCUGGCGUCACACACCGACAAUUUGGCCAGGGUCACGGCGAGCGAAGGCAGGAUUCGCAGCAAUCUAGGCAGCGACGGCCGAAGUACCAGAGAGUCGGAGUCUUCCGAAGGCAGCGGUGAGCUCAGACACGAUCCGGUCCAAACCACGACCAUUUACGAGUCUCUGGCCGCCGAGUUGCGGGCAAAAUUAGGCAGAGGCAAUUCCGGCGACAACGAUGUCGGUCCGAUAUUGCUGCCGCCGCGCGACUACGAUACCGUGCACAGACACCGCGGUAAUUUGGCCGGUAUCGAGUUCAGACGUUGCCUAAAUCAGACUAUCGUGGGUGGCAACACGGUCCUCGACAGAGGUGGCACCAGAAGCGCGGCCAGCAGCGGCAUAGGAUCCGACAGCGCGGCAACACCUCCGCCUUAUCAGACGCAUCAUCCCCUCAGCCAGAGACCGUCCAGACCGUCCAGAGAUUCCUCUUCCGAUGACGAUUGGGGUGUACCGAACGAAGAGAACGAUUAUCUGCCAGAAGUGGAGACAGCUGCAUCGAGCCUGACGUUGCCGCGAUUACCGCGUAGCCCGGAAAGACUGCCCAAUCAAGCGACCAGAGGAGUUUCACCGAGUUGCAACAGAAAUCGACGAGCAGCGGAAUUUAGACAGCGAUCACCGAGUCCUCAUUACCAGCCCAGGGUCAAUCCCAGCGAGGUGACCAGUCCCAGAGAGAGGUUCCACGAUGCCAAGGAGAUGUUUAGGGCUAUGGAGAGGGAAGCCAUCGCGAGACCUGUUCUCUCCAGACAGAGAGACGUCGAGCAUCAUCCUGUUCACAGGGUCGAGUCGGCUAGACAAAUUCACGAGGAUCGAUCCAGUCGCCAAUAUUCAACCAGUUUGAAUUCCAUGUCCUCGCACGAUCAUAUAAUCAGACGGAAUCAGCCGAAUGUGCUAGAUCGCGAAAAUGUCGUGUCUUACAAGGGCAGACCGCGACCCAGGACUCAUCAUUACGCGAUAGAACGUCCACCUGAACCGGAGAUUUCGAGGCCACGGCCGAGAAGCUUCUACGAGAAUCCGGUGAUCGGCAGGGAUUUCAGGGAUCAGAGAAACCCCAUUGAUCAGAGAGACAUGCGAGAGUUCCGAGAACGUACGCAGCACUCGCGGGAACUGCGUGAUAAAUUGCGGACGAGAGGCACGGCCUACCAGGAGCUAUCGGAGCACGAACGAUAUCCUGGACUCGAUCGCGAAAGUGCCAGACCAGCGUUGGAGAUGAUCCCAACACCCGGCAGAUACCGUCACAGCUACGCCGAACCGCCGAGAUUGGGCCUAGCCGCGCUUCAUCCCUACUGAUACAUUUAGCCCGUUAUCGGACGAAUUAUUUAAUUAACCGACAUAUCAUUCUAUUCUUGUAUCGCGCCUUGACCGUUCAGUGUGUUCGUGGCCUUUGUCCCGCUUCUGUUAUAAAAUGAGGAAGGAAAAAGGAGAACGAGAGGACUGCGAUACGAACGUUUUCGGCUCCAGGACACUAACAGGGAAUUUUCUCAGUUAAUAUUAACAUCAUCCUUUCAUUAUCUAUUAUUUAUACAUUAACAUGCAAAAAUAAAUUAUUUAAUACAAUUGAUCGCUAGCGUAAUAAAUGUUAAUUGUAAUCAUUAUUGCAAUGUGCAAAUUCGUGCGUAAUCCUGGAUAGCAAACAUGCUGAUUAAUCGCAGAUGUGUGAUUAUGAUGAUUUGCUCAUAUAUCAUGCCACUGAACAGUCAAUGCCAUUGAAGAUUGUACGUAAUGAGAGUAAAAAAACUUGUGUAUGUAUCACAUUUUUCGAUGAAUUCAGUUAUGAUUUUGCGUAUCGUUGUUAUCGAGUACGAGCGAUGGAUCUCGUUAACAAGGUUCUAACUGAGAACGAAUUUUAACGCGAUCCCGAAUACGUACUAUAUUGUUAUGCGUCGGAUGCCACACUAACAAUAUAAUAAUAAUAAUAACAACAUAGUAAUACCGAUAAUAACAG